GAACAGUGGGACACUACUGACAGAUCGGAAAAAUUAGUGCAAUUCCUCGAGGAGUUAACGGCAGUGUCAGCUGACGGAGAAUGGCUUGCUUGAAACUUGUAAGUAAAGAAACGAUUCGGAGAGAGCCAGUUCGGAAGUUCAAUCGAUCUUCAACUCCAUUGAAAGUAAUGAACUGUAAAAUCUUUAUAUACCAAUGGUACAUUCUAGUAUCGAAACUGUGAAAUUUUCAAAGAUGCAGUUGAUCAAUGAUAUACGUCGUAAAGAAGUUAACUUUCAUCCCUUAUCAUUUCAUAUAUCUUCAUUUAGGUAUUUCAUUUUUUAUUUACUUUCGUAAUAACAUAUUUCAGCAGCUCCGAAAUGACACGUUUUAAUUUUUUUUUUUUUUUUAAAUAUUCAUCUUUCCUUUUGUAAUACCUGCUGCAAAUAAUAUUUAAUAGAAAAACAUCAUUUCUCAGUACUCGUGUAUAUUAAUUGGAAAUUUUUAAUAAUUCUUAAGAUAUUAUUCUUGGACAACAUCGUAAAUUUAAAAGAAGGUGGGCGAAAAAGAUAUACGAGCGUACAAAGGAAUUUGUUAGAAAAUUCGUAGAAUCGAUCGAUAUAUAUAUAUAGUCAGAAGUGUCGUGACAUUUACCACACAUUUUGAGGAUGGUACCUGUUCCUUUUUUUUCUUUUAGUACACAGUCCUGCUGCUGGCUGUCAUUGUUGGCAUCGUCUCUGCGAAACCAGGAUAUUUCGGUGGCUACUACGGCGGCUUUUAUCCUUACGUUUAUAGCUAUAAGUAUCCUUUCUACGGAUAUGGACACGGUUACGGACAUUAUGGCUACCCCCACUAUGGUUAUGGUCACGGAUUUGGUCACUAUGGUUAUCUUUAAUUGAAAAGACGACUGUUUGGAUACCACGAUUCCCAAAGAAGAAAAUAUCUUGAAACCGAUCUAUCCUCCGUAGAUCCGUUGAUUUUAUUGUCGUAAAUCCCUUCACUCGAAAAGCUUUACUGCAAACUGCAUUUAUUUUCUAUCGAUAUUCUCGAAAUUCUAGUUAUUGACGAACGAUGAGGGUGUUUGUCAAAUAAGCGGACUUUAUUUAAUCAAAUCUUUCGUUCUCAUCGUCGUUAAAGAUAUUGUGCAAAUCGAGCAAAUAAAAUGUAGAUUUC